AUGGAUUUUCAGGACAAAUCAAAAGAGCCCGAACCUAAAGAAAAGGAGAAAGACAAAACGAGAAGCAAGUCCAAGGAGCGGGACUCGAAGUCAAAGACGAAAGAAGCGAAUAUCAAGCCCGACAAAGAACGCUCGAAAAGCAAGGAAAAGUCAUCAACGAAGGAUAAGGAGAAGAAGAGCUCAAAAUCUGACAAGGAAAAGAAGGAAAAGAGUGCCAAGAAGCCCAAGAUGGAGGAACAGGUGCCAGCAUCAAGAAGAGGUUCUGUUGUCCGGGUACCAGAACCAGGACCGGCUUUCGACCACGUCGAACAGGAAACGCACUUGGAUAGUCAUGACGAAGAACAAUCAGCAACGGCAAAAACAGAGGAUAGCGGAUUCGGCACGGAAAUGGAUCGCACGAUCAGCCCCAGGCCGCCACCCCCGGAAUUGAGAGAGCAAACGAGCUGCAAACCAAGUGGAAGAGGACUUUUUUGGUGGAAGAAGAAGAAGCAAGACCGGAAGUGGCAAAAGAGGAGUUUGACCCUAACGCUGAACAUGGAGGCCUUG